CUGGUGGUAUAUAGUGGGCUUGCCUGGGUAGGGCACAUAAUUUAGCCCAGUGAGUGCUGAGAGAUGAAUCCACAACUACUUACAGUUUUGACAGUCAUGUUUGGACUGUGGGUUGUUGUCAACUGUCAACCUGGAGGUAUACCCCACAAAUUUGACCAUAGGACUACAGUCCAGCCUGCAACCAGCAAGCCCCAAAGACCAGCAGUUACAAAUGUACAGCCAGGGAAAAGUGGCUGUUACUGGAUGAAUAAAUCCUACACUCCUGGAGAAAUCAUAGCUGCUGGAAACUGCAGCACACGUUGGUGUACCCUUGGAAGUCAUGUGGCAGUGAUUGACAAGGUGGAAUGCUUGGUCCCACCCCUGGAUCAUCCACCUCUGGAGAAUGCAGGAUGCUGGUGGCAAGGGCAGCAAUUCCCUCUUGGUGCCUUGAUCAAGUCUGGGCCCUGUGCUCAACGUUGGUGUAAUCCCAGAGGUGUGGUGGUAGUGCAAGACUUCCUUGAGUGCUUGGUGCCUAGCAGUACAGUUACCAACUGAUGGAAUUUGGCUAACUUGUUGAUAACAUUACUAAAAUUGUUACUCAAAUGUUCUGAAUUUAAAUGAAGCAAAACACUGACUCAUAAAAUGUUGAUUAUCAAAAUUGACAAUUUACUUAAAAAAAAAAAAAAUAAAUAAAUAAUUCCUAAAUGAGAUCACUAUGAGUUUACUGCAUACUGGUAUUCUAUUAUGACAAAAUAUCU